AUGGCAGAAAAUAUGGCAAAACAUGCCCGUUUCAAUGAUCAAAAAAUCCGAAAGACAAAUGAACGAAGUCGUAUGCUAACGAUGAAAUAUGGUAAGCAUCAAAUGAUGCUAAUUAAGAAACGAAUGAAUGUGGAAAGUUGGAUUGAUGACCAACUAAAUGAACUUUACAAAUCUGCUACGGAUAAUAUUGAUAUUGAUGUUGAUGCAAUUCUUGAUCUCAGUACAGAAUUAGAGCGACGUCAUUAUAUAAUGGAUUUGUUGCGAAAGACGCAUUGUCCAGCAACCGAUUCUCAAAUUCAUGAUUUCUUGGAUCAAUUAAUACAAAAAUUGAAUAUGUUAUGA